GAGAGAGAGAAAGAGAGGGAGAGAGAGGGAGAGAGAGCGGAGGAAAAAGCAAGAAAAACAAGGAGUCAGGCGAAGGAACAAGGAGAUAAAAAAGUCGAUAAAAGCAGAUUGAGAGGAGGCUCCGGACAAGCGACUGCUGCGCAUCAAAGGAGGGACCUUACUGGGGACCUUAUUGGAGACCAGCGCCAACAAAACCCGACUCCGGAGGCGGAAUAUAACGGUGACUCUCCAGAGCUCCUCUGCCCUCCUGAGGAUUCAGAGAGACAGGCGGAUCUGCGCGCCCGACCAUGGCCUUCCCAUCAGCCCCCUCCGCAUUAUGGAGUGUCAGCGUAUUGACAGUACUAUUCACAGCUGCGGUUCACAGCAACAUUGUCUAUGACGACGACCCCUUGCAACCAGUGACCUCAGAUGAGACGGUGUCCGUUGGGGGCACAGUGACACUCACCUGCCGGGUGGCCGAGAGCGACAACUCCUCGCUGCAGUGGUCCAACACUGCGCAGCAGACCCUGUACUUUGGAGAGAAGAGAGCGCUCAGAGAUAACCGCAUCCAGCUGCACCGCUCCACCUCCACCGAGCUUUCCAUCACCAUCGCUGACGUGCAGCUGUCCGACGAGGGCGAGUACACCUGCUCCAUCUUCACCAUGCCAGUCCGCACCGCCAGAGCCACCGUCACCGUGCUAGGUGUGCCCGGUAAACCUCAGAUCUCGGGCUUUGAGAAUGCAGUGCCGGAGGGGGGCAAAGUCACCCUGACCUGCAUCAGUACUGGCAGCAAACCCCCCGCCAGGCUGAUCUGGUACCGCGGAGACCAGGAGCUGGAAGGGCGCCCAGACGUGGUGGAGCCCGUUCCGGACGAUCCCACAUACAAUGUGAGCAGCGAGCUCACGCUGGAGGUGAGCCGCAGCGACGACAACGCCCUCAUCACCUGCGCCGUCGACCAUCCCUCUCUCGCCCCGGGGGACAAGAGGAGCGAGCAGGCUCUGCGGGUGUUGUAUUCACCUGAGGUGGUUAUCUCUCCUGAAAACAAUUUGCCCAGAGAGGGGGAGAAGUUUUUUCUGCAGUGUUUGGGCAAUGGCAACCCAGAGCCCACCUCCUACAUGUGGGAGAAGAAAGAUGGAGAGCUCCCCCCACUGGCCAAAGUCGACGGUGCUUUCCUGCGCUUCGAGAUGCUCAACAAAUCAGAUAAUGGCGUCUACCUCUGCCAAGUCGACAACGGCAUAGGAAACAACCAGGGGGAGUACACACUCCUGGUGCAAGAUCCCAUGGACCCAGACGCCGUGGACACCACCUCCCCCUCCCCUGAUUUUUCAGCCUCUCCCUCUACCUCCUCCCUCCCAUCCUCCUCCCCUCCUGACACCUUCUCUGGCUCCGGCUCUGAUUCCACCUACUCCUACCCCUCCUCCUCCCCUCCUGACCUCACCUCCACUUCCUUCCCCGACUCCUCCCCUUCUGCCAACCCAUCAAAUGCUGACAUGUCGACCACCGUCUCCGAUUCCUCCACCACCACCACCACCAUCCUCUCCAACGCCCUCUUCCCCGACCUGCCAUUCUCUCACUCCCCCUCCUCCCCGGCUACUACUGCUCCCUCCUCUGCAAGCAGCGCUCCGUCCACUGCCACUCCCACCUACCCCUCCCUCGCCUCCUCCCUUACUCCCUCAGUUUCCGUCCGGCUGAAUGGAGUUUACACUUUCACAGAUGCUGCAGAGAACAUUGCAGACCCCACAGCCAUGUUGACCUCUUCGGGGGUGGACCAUGCUGUGAUCGGAGGGGUGGUGGCUGUUAUCGUCUUCAUCCUGCUCUGCCUGCUCAUCGUCCUCGGCAGAUACCUCAUCAGACACAAAGGAACGUAUCUGACCCACGAAGCCAAGGGCUCGGACGAUGCCCCCGACGCCGACACAGCCAUCAUCAACGCAGAGGGAGGCCACUCUGGAGCAGAGGACAAGAAGGAGUACUUCAUCUAGAUAGAGCAUGGAGGAGGAGGAGGAGGAAAAGUUGGAGGACGUGGAGGAGAGGAGAGGGGAGGAGUGAAGGAAUAAAAACUCCAUUUUGUUUUCACAACGCUUCAGUUCUUCACUCGGUUGGAGGGAUGAUGGAAGGGGAAGGGAGAGAAAGAACUGUGGACAGGAUAAAGUGAUUCAACUGGUACUACCCUCUUUGCAUUGAUACAGGGAAGUGAGAUUUUGCACUGACAUACGAACGAACUGUAGUUACACACUCAAACACACACAUACACACACACACACACACACACACACACACACACACACACACACACACACACACACACACGAGUCAGUUUUGGGGGAAAAAAAAAACUCUUCUCUCCCAGACUCGAAUGCUCGUAGACGCUCAGAUUAACAAACACGAGCCUCCUACUAACACGUCUGAAUUAUGACACAUUAACACAUUUUUACACAAAGCAUCGUAUCCUAUUUCUAACUGUCAACGCCUCGAAAAAGCAAAAUUGUAACUCACAUUCCUGGCAUCCCAAGCUGAUAUUUCACUUCUCACCACCCAUGCCAACCUGUCUCCUCAAUAUUUAAACCAAACCAGCUCUGUCUUCUCACAUUGUUUUUUUUUUUUUUUUUUGUCCUCAUUCUCUCCAUACGACAAGGCGGUAUCCCUCUGUAAACACCCUCGUGGCAGAGAAAUCCAUCUAAAUUAUUAGUGACAGACAUAAUCUCCCUCUCUCGCUGUUUAAUCUUUUUAUGCCAUCAAACUUCUUUCUGUGCCCUCACGCACUCCCGGUACGAGCCCGCGUUUUUUCCCUCAGCGCAGCACCACACAACAUGUAACACUCAUGCAAAAAUAGCAUUCCCACCUUGCGCUACAAAGCCGAGGGGCUCCAGUAUACAUAUAUAAAUAUAUAUAUAUAUAUAGAAUUAUAUAGCAUUCUUUUUACUUGACAGAAAAUGUUUGGUGUGCUGUAAAUACACUCUCUCUCUGUACUCUUUCUACCUUCUGUCGCCUUCUACCUAUCUUCCCUCUCUCUCUACAUCUCCCUCUCUCCUGUAUCUCAUACAGUCUGUUACUGCAUUACAGUAACUUAUAUACUCUUAAAAAAAACGCCUGCCUGUUUUUAUUACAUGCGUGGAAAUGCAGAGUCGAAAAUAUCAGUAUCUGGGGAAAAAAAUAAUAAAAAUAACAAUGAUGAUGUUGCGAUGAAAACUAACCUUAUCUGCAAAUAUUUGUAUGAGGAACGUUUUCCUUCUUCUUUUUUUUUUUCUUUGUUAUUUUUCUUCCUAUUUGGUUUCUUGGGACUUAUGAGGGAUUUUCUCUCGUCAGUGUCUCAGUGUGUUACCGUCAGUGUUAACAGUUUACAGUGUCUGUCAGUUUGUCAGUCCAGGAGUCCAUAAUCUGAUUUGAUUUCCAAUUUGUGGUUCGAUUUGGAGGUUUAGGGUUUCGAUGCUGUUUGUUCUCUUCUGUGCCCCACCUCCACUGCCGCCAUUUUAUCCCCGCUUAGCUGGCCCCUCCACUCCCAAACACUGAACUGUAGCAAAACCUCUGUCGAACACAGUUUUCGAAAAAGGUGUCAACAUGUUCGGUGGAGCUUUUCCUGGAGUAUCGCUGCAGUCUUCUUUCCACUCGGCCCUGCUGAACGCACCUCUCGCCUCCACCUUUUUUUUUUCUCCCUGCAGCAGACUGCUUGUCUUGGCGCGGCCACCUGGCGCUAAAUUCAUUGAGUAGUGACAUCAUGACUUCCUCUAAGAAGCUGGCACGGUCGCUGUUUCGGGGAGGUGAAAAUGCUUGCUUGCUUUCCACUACGGGGCCAAACAGGACUGCCUACAUACAUUAUGACAAA